CCCCGAGUGGAGCGCCAGUCCGACCGUGGCCACAGGUGGAGUAGGAGCUGUCAACAGCUGUUUGUAUUCCUCGCCCUCGCGCAGUUGUGUUUAUGUUUGGAUUUUUUAUCAGUGCGGGUCCGUCAAUGAUGUAAGUAGGCUAAGAGAUAUUUUGACGUUCGUCCGGGAAUUGUUGAUUCAGUUCUUUCCAAACACAACUAAUUAACACAUUUCAUCUAUUGACAUUUUUUAAAUUACGUAAAAAUUGCUUAAAACGUGAUUGCUUUAUUUUCAUUCUCCUAUCGCAGUCGACUCGCCGGUCGUUUCCUUGGAGGAAUGCUGGACGCCUGCCUAUGUUGACAUCCGUGUGCGCAGUUCGCCCAAGAAUGUGAGAGUCACUUUCAAAUGGCAAAUAAUUGCUAAGUGCUAAAAUGCCUUUAAGUUCGGUUCUAUUCGGGUUGGCUUCGGUCGUUUCCGUGGUGGCGGCACAAUCCGAAGAAUGUUACUCUGCCGGCGGCGUGUUAGGGGCGAUCCUAGUCACAAUCGUGGCGAUAGUGGCGCUGCUGGUGUUGGCCUACUUUCUGUGGAGGUUCUACUGGAAGGGGAGAAGGGGUAAACAUCUUGUGCUGGUUACGGACCCAGAGAAAGGAGGCGACUACGCCUUUGACAACCCGGGCUUUAAAGAGGGAACUCCGAUUGGGCGAACAGGAACCAAAGAGGAUAGCAACAAGCAGCUGAGAUGGCAGAACUGGGCACCGCUGAGUGGUCUAGCUGUGGCGGGCAAGCCGCGGGCUCUGGACGACUCCUACGUGGGCCAGCCGCUGAUGACAGUGGUGCCGUUGCGAAGCCACGACUUCACAGGGCUUGGCUUCAACAUCUGUGGCAACAUGAGGGAUGGCAUCUUCGUCAAGGACGUUCUCCAUCGGGGACCUGCCUCGGAGUCCGGUCGUAUUGUUCCAGGUGACCGAAUUGAGAGCAUCAGGAUCAGUUUUCGCCACAUGGUGUUUGAGGAUGCCCUUACUAUCCUGAGCUAUGCAUCUCCAUACGAGGUCCAGUUAGAGGUGGAGAACGGUUCAUCGUCACGGCCCGCAACAUUGCUUCGCAACAAGCGAGCCUCUGUCAGUCCUGCGGAGCGUAUCUGCCAUCCCUUCUAUCGAAGCCACUCCAUCUCUGAUCUGAUUAAGAUCAAUAAAACUAACCCUUCCAAAUGGGGAAACGAAUCUUCCAUCGCAGAUCUGAGUAAUGGAGACCUGUCAAAGCCAGCGAUCAUCGAUACAUCUCCGAUCGAAAAAAUGCAGAAGGUUGGUGUAAGAGUUUUACCUCCAACAACGAACUCAGAAACCUUGAGGAUUGAAGCUGAGAAGUCUCAGAAUGCCAGAAACUCUGUAAUUGAAAGUGGUCAAGUAUUGACAGUGAGUAAGAACUCUCCUUCCAGUACACUAACAAAACCUGAAAAAUCACCCUCAAAUACAUUAACCAAAACAAGGAAAUCCCCUAUACCUCUAAUUAAACAUACUAUUAGUGAUUUCGAUGAAAUUGAUUUGUCUGAUAGUCGUGAUGAUAAAAUGAGCCAAGGGGAAGGCACCAGAAAAAACACACCUUCUCCUGGUCUAAAAGAAACAAAUGUAAAAUCUCUAUUGGUGAAAGGAUAUAAUAAUUUGAAAGAAAAACUUCACCAUGCCGGAUUAAAGCUUGAAAAAGAAGGUGAAGAGGAGCCACUGCCAAAACGAAAUGAGGUACCUGAGGAAACUGGAACAGUCGAUUCAAAAGUUGAAACAAUAACAGUAAUAAAAAACCAAGAAAUCUUCGUCGACAAACCUGAGGCAUUUUCUUCUGGUGAAGCCCAAGAUAUACCAGAAGAAGUCCAAAAAGCAGGAAUUGCUGCAAGAAGUAACAGAAAAUCAGUCAUUGAAGAUGGUAAGAGUUGGGAUAGACCAGUUUCUGAUUUAUUUAAAGAUGCUGAUAGAGGCAGGAAGGAUAGUAUCAGUGGGGAAAGCUCUAAUGAAGGAGACAUCGCUAGUCAAAAGAAGAAUAAACGGAAAGCUCCUCCGCCACCACCAACAAAAUCUGAGGAAGAUUUGGAGACACUGAAAGCACCAUCAGAAACUGAUGAAGUCGAUAGCAAAGAUAGUUUGUCAGAGAAGAACAACAGUAUGGAUUCAGUAGAUACAGACUCAGAACAAGGAGAUAAGAGUGGUACUACUAUUGAGCUGAAUUCAUCUCAUAUUACAGUUCAUCACGCUCCUGAUUCUGAAAAAAGUAGAAAAGCAGCAUCACUGGGGGAUUUGUCUAGAAUUGGCAAUGAUCAGCCAAUAGUCGUCCUGGAACGGGCAGUAUCACUGGACCUCGCAGAUGGAACUCCUGGUGGAGGAAAGAAAAGAAAAGCUCCGUUACCUCCUCAAGAAGAAUUCUCAGAUGAUGGUGGAAUGACAUACAGUAAAGAAGCAAGAAUAGAUUCUGCAGUCCAUACAAGAUUAAAACAUUCCUCUGAUUUUGGUAGGCUAGAAGAUGCUGUUCAGUUGAAUGAACAUAUAUCUGAUGAAGAUUCAGACCAAGGAGUGAGUGGUCUCUCGACUCCAGAACCUUCUCUACAAAUGAUGAUCAGUUCAACUCCAAUGAAACAUGAUUUUUUUAUGCCACCUUCUUUUGAAUCACAAGUAAAUACUAGUAAAUCAUCCCCCAGCCCUCCUGUGAGUCCAACCUCUGGACUGAGUGGACCAGCCUCAGGCCUGAGUGGAGUUCACGUCAGUCGCUGCAGCUGGGACCUCAGCGUCCCUGAGACCACGACAGAUCAAUUCGUAACAGCCAUCAAUGGGAACAAUACAGAGGAUGAAGACGACAUACCUCCAGAAUUGCCAACCUCCCCCAUACCGACUUACAUCACUGAAAUUCAAGUGGUCACUGCAAACAAAGAUGGUCCGCAAGGAUUUCUUGAAAAUGGUCAGAGUGAAUUAAUUGGCAGAGAUGACAUAUUUCCAAAAAACAUUCCAGAAAUGUCAUCUUUCAUGACAAACAGCAUCCACAAGCCUUUCUCUACCUUUACUAGCAACCCUUUUAGUGGUUCCACCAGACGAUCUGAGGUGAGUGUUAUCAACUCUAACCAGUCCGAUGACAUGAACUCAUUGCCGAGCUUGGCAAAUCUGUCUGAUACAAUGAUGACAGAGGUAAACCAAGUGUCAUUGAGUCAGCCGAACAGUCUCGAUCCGAUUUUACAAGGUGACCUCUCAAUGACCAUCAAGGAUUUGAGACCACCAGGAACACUGAUAUUCUCUAAUGAAAACAUGUCAGACGAGCAAAUCCUAGCCAUGAAGUCCUCCCCAGAGCCGAUUUUGAUUGACAUUAGUCAAAAUAAAACGACACAAGUUGCCAAACCAGCUAGAAGCAAUGUCAGUGUAACGUCCAUCAGGGCCGGGGGAUCUCGUAUCCCUAUUAGGGCAGUACCAGAACCGACCCAGAGGAAAACAAAAAGAGAAAAUUAUGUCAGUUUUUCUUCACUUAAUGUUUCUCCGGCUAAUGACAAAAGACAUACCAAUGGUUCAGGGGAAAACAGCAUCACACAUAUCGUCUUGGAUUCCCAGAAGUAAAUGCCAGUCGUAAGACUAAGCUCCUCAAAAUUUAAGACUACAAACGUUAUGCAUUUAACCAAAAAUUUUGUAGAAUUGGAUAUUUUCAGAGGUGCUUACACAAACUGUUCUGUGAUGGUAUUAUAGAGUUAAGUUUGUUCGUAAUAUUUUAAGAGUUAUCUGACUGACAGUAAAAAGUACUUAUGUGCCAGAAGAUAGCCAUUAACAGUGCUCAAUCACACUGUUUUUAGUAUUAUUAAUUGUAAAUUAAGUCUAUUACAUGUUAAAUUUGUUACGUUAUAACAAACUUUUGUUUUGUAUUAUAUUGUAUAUAGGAUAGGAUUUAAGGGAAGAGGAGGUUCACUUGAUUUUAUUUCUUUCUGUAUUUUUUAAUAUAAUUUUGAAGCGGAACACUUCUCAGAAUUGUUCACAACUAAUCAAAAUAAGCGUAGCUUUAUAUAAUCUUUUGUUCAAUUCUGUUGUUUUCGUGCUAUUAAGUAAAUAAUUAGUAAAACUGUAUACUUUACUACUGCAGAAACAGUGAAAUGUAUUUCUUGUGUAUACCACAAAUAAAUUUAGGGCAUUCCAGUAUUUUUACCACACAUACGUGUUACUGAUCAUUCCCACCAUACAGCCAUUUGUAUUGUUAUGUAAUGGUUGAAAUUUAUAUUUAUCCUAUUUUACUCUGGUGCUAUUUUUUAUUUUCUUCAUUAUUAUUUUUAGAUAUUUAUCUAGUACCUAAUUCAUAAAUUUAAGAAUUAUAUUAUUGUUAGACAAUACCUUUUACUAUGAAAAUUAACAAAAUCAAAUAUUUAAUUUUUUUUUGGCUAUCAUAUUAAUUCACUUACUUUGUUCCCUACGGGAAGCAAUUCCAUUUAUUUUUAAUGUUAACUUGUAAUUACGGACUAAGAUAGGGUUUAAAUAUAUAAAAUAAAUAAUUUUUGUUUAAAAGUUUACAUAUUGUACCUGUAUCACGUAGAUAACUUUAAUAGUCAGUGUAUAUAGAAUUGUAUCACUCUUAUACAAUCACUCUUACUGUUAUAAAAUUUAUUUUAACGGCUCAAAAUAAAAAUUUUAUUAUUUUUAACUUGUUA